CCCAGCUCAUUGCACUCUAACCCCGAGACACAGGGCCAGGCCUGCCAUCCUACACAGCUACCACUGGACUGACCUGACCCAAUCUGAAAGAUGGGGCCUUGGACCCUGCUGCUUCUGCACCUACCCCUGGUGGUGUCCAUGCUCCCAGCCCCUACCAACGUGUCCAUUGUCUCCUUCAACCUGGAGCACACUCUGACCUGGCUGCCAGGUCCAGGGACUCCUGACAACACAUAUUUCACAGUUCAGAGCCUCAGGAAGAACUCAUGGCAGCUCGUGAAGGGUUGUGCUAGGUUGAAGACCAGCCAGUCAUGUGACCUCACUAACACGUUCAAGGAUUCCUUCUAUCAUUACAAAGCCCGUGUUCAAGCCAUCACCACUACUCAGAAGUCCAACUGGUCCCUCUCUACGCUCUUCUACCCCUUGACUGACACGUUGCUGGGCCCUCCAGUGGUGUCCGUGUCCGGCUGUGGGAACUGCCUGCUCCUGCAGGUAACUCCCCCCACAUCCAGGGGCCUGCAGCGCUCCCUGUCCCCCACACAGCUCCUCUACAGGCAGUUCACCUGCAAGGUGCGCCGGACCAGGGAUGGAUCUCAGUUCAGCAUGUGGGUCACCUCCACUGAGAAAACUAUGAUUGGCUACCUGGAGCCAGGGGCGGAGUAUUGCGUGACUGUCACCCCAUCUACGAGCUUUAAUCCUCACUCUGUCCCCUCUGAGCCCCACUGUGCCUUCACCAGCCCUACUGCUGCCAACACAGUGCCUGUGGUUCUGAGUGUACUGUGUGCCUUUAGCCUCCUGGUGGUGCUCCUCUGUGGAAUAGUGGUCUACAGUGGUCGCCUGCUCUGUAUGCACAAACCUCUCCCCAAAACACUGUCCUCUGUUCCUCUCUGUGGUGGUGGUUAGAUGCCCACAGAUCCCUAGCCUGACCCCUUCAACCUGCUCGCAGUCCUGCCUGUGGUUGGACCCCCAUCACCAUGACUUUGUCCCUCCCAGGCCAUACACAGGGGAGUAGACAUGUCGAGGAAGAAGAUGAUGAUGAAGUCUAUGGACUGGUGGUGGUCUCCUCAAGAUCAAAUACAUAUUUAAUCCACAAUUAUCCAGUGAUAAGAUUAUAAGAAAACAUUGGUUUAUAUUUCUGUCUGAGUCAUGACAAAGUUAUAUUAUUAUUUUCUUGUGAAUAAAGCUACUUUGGGAUUGAUUAUAACAUGUAAAAAAAAAAAGGCAUAAGCAAAAACAAAAUGUGAAAUGUAUGUCGAUUUUUCUAUAAAUGUAUUGAACUAUGUCAUAUUAUGAACUAUGUCAAGGUUUUAUUAUAGACCUGUAAUAAAAGGAGGAAAUUG